UUCUGUGUUAUUCAACAAACUAUUUUCUGAACUUUAUCUGACCUAAUCUAAAUAAAAAUGUAGGUUUAUUUAGCAAAAAAUAUAGUACUGUGACCUAUGCAAGAUAAGAUUUCUAUCCUCCUAAUAUAAGGCUAGUGUAAUUUGAAAGCCAGAGAAGACAAUGGCUUGUCAUUUUCAUAUAUGGUUUGUCUUUUCAUGUGAAGGAUUUGGAAGGUCAUGUAUUCUCUUUCUCUUUUUUUCUUUUAAGGUGCCAAUGUAUGAAAGGAUGUAGCUAUGAAAUUUCAAUCCUCCUGCAUAUUAGCACCCUCUCAUGACUCUAUCAAGAAAAAUAUGGAAGUUGAAGCUCAACCAUAAAAUAUGCAUCCUCCCUUGUGUUGUUUUAGUACAAAGUCUAUUUCAAGUGAUGACAGACUUCGAUAUAACAGGUUUCUUACAGAAAAACUACGGCAAGGCCAUGUCCAACAUAAGUGAUUUGAAAAGUAGAGGAUGUAUGGUUCUUCAUGGAGUGGAUGCAACAAAUAUGUCAGGCCAUAAGAUCCUAAAGAGUAUGAGAUUUGAUCGGAUUGUCUUCAACUUCCCCCAUGCUGGUUUCUGUAAUAAAGAGUCAAGGGAGACCCAGAUCAGUCGACACCAAAAGCUGAUCACCUUGUUCUUCAAGAAUGCCAAGAAGAUGCUUUGUGAAGAGGGAGAAAUUCACAUUUCCCAUAAAUCAGUAGGGUUUCAUCUUAAAUGGAAUAUAGAAUCUCUGGCCUCACUUAAUGGACUCACUUUUAUAAAAGCAGUGAGAUUUAAUUUGAGUAAUUAUCCAGGUUACAAUACUAAAUAUGGAUUUGGAGGAGAUGGAAACUUUGAUUGCAAUCCUAGCAAGACUUACAUGUUUGGACUGUGAUAGAGACCAAUGGAUGAUGAAGAAUACACUCACUAGCAUUUUCAUGAAUGGGUUUGAGCAGUGCAUGAGUUACCAAUUCUUAUAGGUCCUCCCUAGCUAACUCUUCUAUGAGUUUGUGAAGAUCCUCAUAUGAAAGUAAUGCUUAAGAAGUUUCCUUCA